CACAAUUCUGUUGAUUUAAAAGGCAUUCGAGGCGUUUACAUGCUCCACUUCAUCCCCUCGUUGCAGCAUGGGUGUCCACCCUCGUAGCCCUCUGGGGCGCUUGCAGUUUUACGCCCGUAAUAGUGAUAAUAUAGUCGGGAUGAUAAAGUUGAACGAUUCGCAGGGUUUAGUGGCCCCUCGUUCGUGUUUCGAACCAGAAGUUGGGGACUCCUCAAACAUUCACCGCCCCUCAUGGUCCUGUCAGGCCUGGAGAAACUCCCCAGUUUGCCCUACAUUUACGAACAAUGAAGACUUUCUACUGCUAAACCAGUCGGAAUGGUGCGUGGAUCUUCCAGUCUUCCUCUCAGAAAGCACCCCUGAAUAAUGUGUCAGGUUCCUGCCUUUUGUUUACGAGUGAUGGAAUCCUACCUGCUGGUUAAUAAGAGGACGCGGAUGACAAGUGUCAUCGUCAUGCAUCUAUUUUUGCUCCAGAACUGGUCGCAGAUGUGUCAGAGCUUGACACCACUCCCACAGCAGAGUGGUCAUCCCGGCAGCCACUCCCUUUCUUUAUCAGUCAGGCUGCUGGACUUCUGAGUGUCCUGCCUGCAGGAGGUCUUUGGACCCACCUUAUUGAUUUCUGGAUUGGCUGCUGAAAGAGAGUCAGAGACGGACAAAUGUCAGGGGGGGAACUUAAAGGUGCCAUGGUUUCAGUCACUGUUGCUGUGUCACUGCUGGGAUGAUGGUCAGAUCCUUUCAGAUGACCUCAUGAGUGACUGACAGAGCGACUGACACACGUUGAAGUCAUCUGAUCUGGGAGACAAAUUGUGGCUGAGUGAAAGUGGUGUGCACUUGUGUAAUGACUGCAGACAGAAUAGUCAAAUUUCUUUUGAGUCUGUUGUGAGGUGAGACACGUCCUAUUGAUCCAGCAUGUUACAUGUGUUUCAUUUCAUUCUCUAGUGCAGUAGAAACUCUUGCAGGCUUGACGCUGUCGCAGCUGUUGGCAUGAGCAUUGGUCGCAUUGUGUCCUGAUCCAGGGGGUCGUGAAUCGCUGACUGAAGGUCCUCCAUCAUCACUGAGAUGGUGCGAGCUGAUGCUCCUCCUCUCCAUCAGCUCCAUCAGUGUUGCGUACAAUAGUUUCCGAAAUCCUCACUGCCGAAGCCAAAUCGGUCUCAUCAGACAUCAGUUUUUUUUUCUGUAGAAUUUAGAGCAUUAAAUAUUUCAACACUGAAUUCUCAAUUCAUAGUAUCCAGUGUCUAAAGAAAUCUCAUGAGAUCUGCUUCUUAAUAGUGUUAAAGUGCAGCGGUAGCUGCACUGUUCUACUACAGCAGACCAGGGCAAAGUGCGGUCUGGGGGCCAUAUGUGGCCCAUUGCCUGUGUUUUUGCGGUCCUCAUGAGGUCAGACCAAAACUAAACAACUGAUAACUUGUCAUUUUCUGUCAUUUUUUCAGCCCCUUUUUAGCCAGUAACAGUAAAUACAACACAUUCCUGACUUAAUUUUUGUUUCUUCUUUUCUUUUGUCAUCUUAGUAUUUUCUUCAAAGUUUGAUGAAAAAAAAAAUUGCCUUUUCAUCUUCGAUGUCUGUUCCAUAGUUUUAUGAUGAUUUCUAUUCAACUAAAAUACAUAUAAAAUUAUUUAAUACCCUUGCUUCAGUUGAAGCUUAUAUAGUUCCCUUUGUCCUCAUUACUUAAGAUUUUUUUCCGUCACGUUUCGCAGUCAUCGCCGCCUUUCUUUUGCCAUGAUGGCCCCUCUCAACAGUUCAUAAUGUGGCCCUUGAGGAAAUCUAACUGCCCACCUCUGUACUCCAGUCAUCUCCGCUUCACCCUUCUCAUUUACUGUCAAGACAGUUGGUUGUCGUGACUUGACUGAAACAUACCCCGUGAGUAUGUUUUUUUCAUCAGUUCCUGGUUUUAUCAUCGGCUCACUGCGGUGCCAGCUUCCAUGUUAACACUCAAACACGAGUUCCUGGCUGAGAGACAGUCUCUGCUCCCAGGUAAAUGAAUUAGCAGCUGUCAGCACUUCUCUUCUGGUCUUGAUUGGGCCCUUUGCAGCGCGGUCACACCUCCCCAGGAAGGCUCGUCUUCCUCUAAUCGCCGUGCCAUUUGCCCACUGCCGGCAGACUGGCUCGCCUCUCCCCAGCCAGCCUGUGGGCGCCCAGAUCAUGUUGUGAGUCCUGGUGUUGGAACAUGUUGCUGGGAUUAGCGGAGAGCACGUUUCAUUCAUCAGGAAGUAGGGCAGAGAUCUGACUGUGGGCUGUUGCAUCAGGGAAGUGGACCCUUCACUUGACUAGUGAACUAAGCGUAGAGAUGAGAAAUUCAGUGUUUCACGUCUCUGGUAGAAGCCGCUGGUGUCUGACACACUGCUUUGCCAGCUUUAUUUAGGGGUUUAAUUGAGCUGUCUGUCUGCUGUAUCUCAUGUCCCUGAACAGGUGACUCGAACUAUGGACCAGUCUGGACACAUUUCCUAGAUGUUAUCGAAGAAAUAUUAGAAAUCAUGUGAAGAAAUGAUCAUUUAGUCAUAUUUUGUUCUCCAAAUCACAAUACAAAGUGUCAGUUCUUUGUCUUGUGUGAUGAAAAACAGUUUCACGAUUCGCUCUCCCAAAAUGGUUGUUUUCCAUUGCCUUAUUGAAGAUUUCACUAAUACUUCUAGAAUUUGUUGAUGGUCCCUAACUGAUGGCAGCUCCUAGCAUUAGCGCUACCUGUGAGAGUGUGUCCACGAUCACUGAACCCUAAUGGGGACGCGGAAGAGGACGCUGCCGCCAAUACCGGAGCAGAGCUCCGUCCAAUAUCCAACUAUUUUCACCAGCGCAGCGAGAGACCUGCAUGUGUUGAUGUGAACCAAGACAGACGAGUGCGUCAGAGAACCUAUGAGGACCACUCCAUCUCAUAAAAUCAACAGGGAUCCAGAGACUCAGAGUCAACCAGUGUCAUGAUCAAAGGUUCCCUGGAUUAAAAAUAAGUUUAAAACUAUGAUUGUGAACCAAAGUCCACCACACUCUCCACAACUGUCAAAUGCUGGCGUCAGCUGUCAAACGCAGCGGAGCUGGAGAGCGUGGCGGCUGUCGUAGUUUCAUCAUGUUCAUGUAUGCAGGUCCAAUGCAGCGAGUGUGUCAUGUGUUUAUCAAAUUUAUUGUGAGAUGCAGAAUUGUCACCGUGGAGAUUGUUCUUGGCGGUACAUCGUGUACGAUAAGUUAUCACCAUCCCUACUGCAGACGUCUAACUUUUUGCUGCCCGACACCUUCUUCUGCAGCAGAAGCUCAGCCUCCCACCUGCCCACUGGCAAACGCUACCCCUCAUGUAAAGGAGGUCACUUGUAAGUGAGUGUAAACCCUGUGUUUGAUGGAGAAAGGAGCUAAUUAUAGCCGGCUGCUUUGGAGUUUGGUGGACCAGAUUACAGUAGCUCCCCUCUCAAUGGCUGCCUUGUUCUGGUGGCUGAUUAUUAGGCAGGGAGAAGUGCAUUCUGGGAUGAUUGUAUCUGAAUUUCCAUUAUAAAGUGUGUCUGCCUCAGCUGAACCGAGAUCCCGCUCGCUCACCACUGUUGUUCAUUACAGAUAGAAAGGCCUCUGUGCUUUGCCUUUAUGCUGUUUCGCCGUCUGAAUGGACGAAUUAUGUCGUGACCUUAAAUGCUGCCACGUCUCAUUGAAAACGUCAGCGGCUGAAUCCAAACAGACAAAUGGAUUUGUAAUCAUUUCUCAUUUUUUAAUUGUCGGCUUUAAUUGGUCUAAACGGCGGAGGGUGAAAACAUCCGUCAGUGACCAUGCAUGUAAACCGCAGAGGAAUGGUGACCUCUGGAUGUGAGCGGCUUUGCGUCGCCGUUCGAGAUACAAUUACACAACAGAGGGACAGGGGCAACAGGCUCUGGUGGUGUGUGAGAGGCAACAAAGAAGGCAGUGAAACUAGGAGCAGUGAAAGAGCCACGCCACAAAGUAGCUUGUCAGUAGUCGGAAAAGGACUUGAGGGAGCAGAGUAAUAAACAAGAACCAGUAAACUGCUUUUAGUUUCGGCUUCAGGCUGUGUUUCUGGUAUGCACCCUUUCAGCUCAGGAACCAGCCAAUGGCAGGCGGGCGCGAGCGGCUCCACUGCACGGCCGUUGCUUGCAGUUAAAUUCCAUGACUCAGCAUGUCCCUAGAUGAGAUGUUAUGAUUGAGACGCUGCCAGUGAAAUGUUGACGAGUUCAAUUCAUUGAAAUUCUACGGCUGUAGUGUCACAGAGCCUUCACCAGCAUGCAGGCCUGCGAGCUGGUGGGAAAAAGAUUUCACACGCCCCAUGCGUUCUCCUGCCUGCUCGUGGUCGGCCGCGAAAUAUUAACUUGCUGAUGUCAUUUAUUUUGGAUGAAAUUGUCUAUUUAUUUAUUUGUUUGUGUCUGUAUAAAGGAGCCACACCUUUUGAGCUCCUUUGAGCCAGUUUUCUAUGGUAAUAACACUAGUACAGUAGUCAUUGUCUGAAGCAAGGGUCAUAUUUUCCUACCACCGUUCUAGACUGAGGUCAUGUAUGAACAAGCCACAGGAUUAUCGGUGUCCUUUGUAGUGGGAGACGUGUUUUUUUUAUUAAUCAUAAAUAAAAGUAUGAAUUCAAUUUGAAGCACCUGUAAUAGUCACUUUAUUGCUCCAUAGUGUAGCAGAAAACGUUCGAUUGCCCACGAUGUCUUUGAGUUGCAUGAUUUUCAAAGCCGCUCGCACUUCACCGUUUUGCUAAUUCUUUGAAGUGCCAUCAUCAUAUUCUCGGCUGAAUAAUCUAUAAUGACUGGUUUGCUUUGUGAAACUUAAUACGGAAUGUCUUUCAGCAUUUUCAAAGUUGACAAUUAAACCAUGGGGAAGGGAAGUUGUGAUGAUAUUUAAAUAUAGUCAUUGGAUUACCAAUGAAGGCUUUUACUGUCUCUCUGUGGUUGUGGCUUUGCAGAACCGCCAAGCAUGUGAAGGCUUGUAACUCAUGCGCCUCAACACUUGAGCAUCAUGAUGUCUAAUGCGAGCGAGCUGGGAUGUUGAUGACGAUCAAGCUGCCCCUCUGCCUCGUGUCCGAGCAGAGGCAGGAAAGUUACACGCCGAUUGAGUCAAGACUGUGGAAAAAUGUUCAUUUUUUUUAUGAAUUUAUAUGAAUGGUGGAAUUCAGUUUGCCUAGCUUGUUGAAGGCUGGUCCCAUGUCAGUGGCAGGCAACCCAGAUCGAGUCUAGACUGAAAUGCUGUGGUUUGAUUGGGGGGUUGAGUCAACUCGACAGUGGGAGGAUGGACUGUUAAAUCAGAGCAGUUUGAGGCUAGAAAAUUGUUGCCUUGUGAACGUCGGUGGAAACUAAGUUGGUAGCCACAAAAUGAAUCAUUGUAAUAUGCAAAAAGGACACAAUUACAGAUGUGGUUUCUAAAGCAUGUGUCGAACUCAAGGACCAGGGGCCAAAUCUGACCCUCCUGGUUAUUUUGCCGGGCCCACAAGAGCACCAAGCUUCCCAGUAAUGCAUGUCAAUAUCAUGACUUGCAAAGUGCUCUAGCCUUGUAUUUCAACAUGAAUUUGUUUUUGCAAGUGGAGGAAAUGAGCGGCCACAAUAAUAAAUAAUGAUAAAACAUUUAUGUAGCCUUUUUAGAACGAUGCUCACAAUGUGCUCAACAGGCAAAAUAGCAAAGAGUAAUUUCACUUGCUCGAAGGUGGACAACUAGGCUUUCAGCGAGAAAGAACUAAGGAAAUGCAAAAAGUUCUGAGCAGAGACUGAAAGGUGGCGGUGCACGAUCUACUCUGGCAGACUGUUCUAGAGUGCUUCAUGCUAAAAUUGAGAGUGUAUUACGCCACUCUCUUUCUGCCAUUGCUUGAGUGCUCCAGGGGCUCCGCCUCCACAGCUGGUUCAGCUACAGGCAUUGCUGAAUGUGAGGGACGGGCAAAAAUACCACAUUGAAUGCAUUCAUGUUGUUAGAAAGCAUGCGAUUCCAUCGGUCUGAUGUGAUGAGUCCAAUUAUAUUUGCGGUAUAAUGUACACUUGAGACUGCACUGAGCAUCUGAGUUUGUUUUCAUCAGUAAAAGUUGUGUAUAGAGGGCACAGCCGCACCCGCGGCUUAUAGACUAGUUCUUCUCCUUUUUUUUUGCCCUCAACUUGGACUCUAUUUAAAAUGUUUGCAGUAUAACAACCCGUCUUAGAGGCACGAGUAAUGUUUACUGUUGUGUUUCAGUUGAGUCCUCCGACUGGAAUAGGGAAUUAACACGGAUAGCAACACCUGCCUUUUUCUUUUUUGCCGCUUCAUAAUCACUCGUCUUUUCAUGCCUACUAAUUAAAACACAACACACCAUAGUGACUGCCCUGGAGGCAUCUUUGGAUUCCAGACGAAGUGAGAAAUAAAUGAGAGAAAAGAAAUAUGCUCUAAACUUUCCGCGCCAUAAAAUAACACUCCGAUCUGCAGUGCUAAUAUUUUGUCUCACCACUGGCCUUUCUAUUGCAGAGAAGUGGAAUUGCGGUGCCGAUAAAUAAAGCAGGUGAUUUAUAUUCACAUUAAUGUGGAAGGCGCUUGGUAAUGUACAACUCGACCUUCUCACCUACCUAACAUAACUGUCGCUGGGGCUCUGGUAGUUGAGCGGCCGUGUGACAGUACGCAUCAUAUUCUCUUUAAGGUGCAAAGAUAAGGUGGCUGUUCAUAGCCAUUAGUUAUCGCGAGCAGCGGGCCCCUGACACCUCCACAUCGCUUAUCUGGUCCAUUCCCAGCUUCUGGCCAGAGCGCAUGGUAGUUCCUGGGCUGAUGAGUAAGCAGUGCUCGGGCUUGCGCACGGCCGUGCCUGCUGUUAUCGAUCGCAGCGUCGCGGCUUGUCAUCCAGCCACCACUUAGCUAAUGAUGUCCAUACAAUUGUCUCGCAGCCAGGAAAACGGCCAUAAAACAGUGGCGACCGGCGUCGGAAUAUAAGGAGAGAUGAGUUUUACCGUCACACAUAUACAUCCCCUGACAACUUUCUUCAAUCUGAAGAAACACACUUCCAGUCAGGCUCCGCUCCGUUCCUUAAUAAUCUGAGCGUUGAAACAGAAAAAUACACAUCAGUGCAUCACGUUCCUAAUGUAAAUAGCUGUUACCCAGAGUUGGCUUUCCACAAGGUUGUCAUGGGUCAUUUUUCUUCUCAGUCUGCGUAAUUUCCCAGGAUGCAGUGGGGCCCCCAAAAGUCCAUAGCUCUUAUGUCAGAGUUCAUUUCCUGUUGCAGCUGCUCCUGAGGAUCCACCAUCUUACUGCAUUCCUCAUUGUGGCUUUGUUACUUAGAUUUGAACUCCCUGCUGAAAACACAUUAGUCAGAUGUUUUUGUCGCUAGUUCUGCGAUAGUGUUGUCACGCUGACGUGUGACAGCAGCCGUGGAUCGACCGUGGGGAAUGUCGCACAGCACAUAAUCAAACUGCAGACCUUUGUUGUGCCCAUGGAGGCAGAAGGUCAUGAAGAAUCCUUCUGUUGUGGCUCAAGUCCACCCAACCGCCGGAGAGAAAGAUCUGCAGAAAGUGUUAUUGAAAAGUUUAUUUUUAUGCAGCUACUUUUUCGCCGUUCUAUUGAUUUAAAGAGGGUCAGAUAAUGUUGACUGUGAGGGAGAAAGCUGAGUAAUUGUAAUCCACCCUGAGUUAUUGAAAUGGUAAUACAUGAUAUUUUCUCUCUUCAUAACACAGAGACGGACACACUAUCAAUCACCAGGACUUCAAAUUUGCUCACUCUCAACCUGUCUCUGUCCGAUAUCGCCUCCCUUCCUUGUAUUUUCUGUCAGGCAGUUCCUCCAAAACAGCAAUUAAUCACUGAUGACUCGCGGAGUUUUCAUCACACAGUGAUUGCGCUAAUUAGUCGUUGGGUUUUUUGUUUAUUUAUUUUUUGCUCGCGGUCGUUGAUCGUCGACGCGGAUGAACCAAUAACUCAUCGCUUGAAACAAUUGAGAAAGUUGUCAAACACUUUUUCGCUCGUCCCUGAAAAACGAAAUUAGCAUUUCGCCUGCGAGGAACAGAAUAAUAGAAUCCUUGCUUUUCCGAGUGAUUUUCCUUCUGUGGAUAUUCCAUGGUCCCAGCGUUUUAAGGUGCGAAAGAAGGGAAAAGUAUUCAUCAGACAGGAGAUGCUGGGAGUGUGUGAAAACAAGAUUACCCACAGUUGCGUCAUCUUGUGAGCCGCAGACUUUCUGUGAUAUAUUGGCACACAAACACCAACGUUGGUCAUAAAAAUAACCCCCUCAAAAAUGUUAAACUUCACAUCAUGUAAGUUAUGCACCUUCUUUCUCUCUUUUUAAGUCUACAUGUGCUGAAAUAUCUUCAGCAUGGCGAGCUUUCUAAGAAGACCGUGAUUGUCCUUUAUCAUUUCGUAUCAGUCAUAUGCUCUUCGUAAUUUACUGUUAAGUUGCCACACCUAUUACCACCUGCAGCUGGGGAUCAGAUAUGCAACUUAAGGGUCAGUAAAAUAUUAACAAGCUGGACACUUUGGUUGGCGACCGGGUUACGGAGUUCAGAUGAUUUGGACAUAUGAAAGACAGUGUUGGACAGCAGAAUGCCCUAAGGUGAAGAAGAAGAAGACUAUCUGAGCGAUUAAUCCUUUGAUUAAUUAUCAUGGAAAAUGCCUGUUCUAUUCCGAUUAUUGGCCCUGUUUAUUGAUUGGGACACGCCAAACUCCCCCAACCCCCACUCCCACCCAACAGAGAGGUUCAUGUUAUUCUUUGUGUGCCGAGUCACCCAGCUCUAACUACGGGUGAGGUUCAUGGAUGUGGUGAAGGAGGACAUGCAGAGCAUUGGUGUGACAACCAUUGAUGAGAAAUGCUGAAAGACGUUGUAGAUGCAACUACAAUAAGGCUCUGUGUCGGGUUUAUUGAUGUACUUUAGCAUAUCAAAACCCUGCAACCCUCAUUUUCACGCUAUAAAGCGUAGUUGAACAGAUUGAACACUUACAUAGAUCGGAUGAAUGAAAGCGGGGCCUCAGACACUCUUCUUCUUCUUUUUUGUUACUCACACAGUUUGUGAAUAUCAAUUCACACUUUGUUGCCUCUGAACAUUUUCAAAUCAAACCGUAAUGUAGUGCAGUCACUAUCCAAAGUUUUGCCAUAAAACUUUACAAGCACUGGAAAACAUGCAUUGUCAUGUGUGUGAAACUCAUAUCCAAACUUGCAUAACAAAAUUACAGCCACCAACUAAACAUGUCUCUGAUGAGUCUCACUUGCUUCUCACCACCAUCACCAAAGAUUGUCGAUGAUACUUCUCCAAACAAAACCUGACAACAUAUAUUAUACUGCAUACUGGUGGUAAUACUGUCUUCAGCUCUGCCCUUGCCGUGGCCAGCCAUUAAGGUCAUGCUGUUUUGACGUCUGAGAGCGUCUUGUUUGUGUGCGGAUUGGUUGAGUGACCGCAACAACAUGCCCUUGAACCCCCAGCUCGACGUGGGCCACGUGAGGAAGUGUGACGUCAGACAGUUGCCAACUCUCUGUUUUUGCUUCGCAACUAUGUUGACGCAUCCUCUGUUUUUCCCCGCGUCUCUGUGUUUGUCAGAGUUGGAUCAAAUUCUUGGAAAUGGUGCAACUCGAGUGUUCUCAUCCCCCACCCCUCUCCGACCCCUCAGCCUGUCCCUUUUGGAGGUCAGAGUUGACAAGAGACAUGGCGGGUGAUGUCAGCCGUCUGCUCUGGGGAUGGAGGGGGCCGGGGAUUCUUGAGGGACCCUCUGAUUUAGGGUACCAGCUUUGAAGCAAGGGCAGGAAGCCGCGAUGGCAGAGCAAGGGAAGGAACAGCUUGCUGUCUUUCUGCCGUGUUUGUUUUUUCAUGUGUCAGUGCUAAAGUGGGAGACACGGGAUGUUGAUGGUCCAGCGUUAGUAGCCAAGAACCACUCGCAUGGCAAGACCCCAGUCCAGUGACCCCACCCUUGUAUGGACACGCUGCAUGUGCAGCAGUCUCCUGCAACUUAAAGCUCGACGGCAGCAUGGCAGGAUGAGCCUCAACCAGCGAUGAUGAUGGCCAAGAAGCAAGAUGCCCGGACACCCACCUACAACCUGGUCGUGGUCGGGCUGUCUGGAACGGAGAAAGAGAAAGGCCAGUGUGGCGUGGGGAAGUCCUGCCUGUGUAACCGAUUUGUCAGGCCGAGUGCGGAUGACUUUCACCUGGACCACACCUCCGUCCUCAGCACCAGUGACUUUGGUGGGAGGGUGGUCAACAAUGAUCAUUUCCUGUUUUGGGGAGAAGCUGGGCGCACACUGGAAGAAGGACCAGAGUGUCGUAUGAAUGUGGUGGAACAAACUGAAUUUAUCGAUGAUCAGACAUUCCAACCACACAGAAGUACGGCACUGCAGCCGUACAUCAAGAGGGCGGCCUCCACCAAGCUGGCUUCUGCCGAAAAACUGAUGUACUUCUGCACGGACCAGUUGGGCUUGGAACAGGACUUUGAGCAAAAACAAAUGCCUGAAGGCAAAAUAAUGGUGGAUGGAUUUUUACUCUGCGUAGAUGUUAGCAGGGGAAUGAACCGGAGUUUUGAGGACCAGAUGAAGUUCGUCACCAACUUGUACAACCAGCUAGCCAAAACAAAGAAACCUGUGGUGUUAGUUCUCACCAAAUGUGAUGAAGGCGUUGAGCGCUACAUUAAAGACUCGCACACGUUCGCCCUAGCUAAGAAAAACCUCCAAGUCGUAGAGACAUCUGCACGCUCAAACGUCAAUGUUGACCUAGCCUUUCUGACCUUGGUUCAGUUAAUAGACAAAGGUAGAGGAAAGCCCAAAAUCAUCCCUUAUUUUGAGGCACUGAAACAACAGAGUCAACAAAUUGCCUCUGCAAAAGAUCGGUAUGAGUGGCUCGUGAGUCGAUUUGUGAAGAGUCAUAAUGAGACAUGGCCGGCUACGAGUCGUCGCAUGCAGUCUGACCCAGAGUACAAGGACUAUGUUUUUCUUGAGGGUACUGCAAAAGCCAAGAAACUGUUCCAGCAGCAUGUGCACAGACUUAAGCAAGAGCACAUUGAAAAACGAAGGAAAGCCUAUCUGGCUACUCUCCCGCAGGCCUUGUCCACACUCUUGCCUGAGUUGGAUGAGAUUGACCACCUCAGUUGGUCUGGAGUUCAGAAAGUCUUGGAGACAAAAAGAGAGUUCACCCAGUGGUUUGUGGUGCUGGAUGACACGCCUUGGGAGACUACACAGCACAUUGAUAACAUGGACGAUGACAGAAUUCCACAGGACCUUCUUGAAACUCCUGCUGCUGAAGCCAUAUACGAGACACACCUGGAGCAGCUACGCAAUGAACGCAAACGGGCUGAGAUGCGGUGGGAGUUCAAGGAAAAGUUGAGCGUUUCUCCAUUCAUUACUCCUGGAAAACCAUGGGAGGAAGCUCGGAGUUUCAUCAUGAAUGAAGACUUUUAUCAGUGGCUUGAUGAAGCUGAAUAUCUGGAUAUUUACAACAAGCACCAGAAGGAAAUCAUUGACAGAGCCAAAGAGGACUUCCAGGAACUCCUUCUAGAAUACUCUGAGCUUUUUUAUGAGCUGGAAGUUGACGCCAAGCCGAGUAAAGAGAAGAUGGGAGCCAUUCAAGAGGUUUUAGGUGAGGAGCAAAGGUUCAAAGCCCUGCAGAAGCUUCAGGCGGAGAGGGACGCCCUAGUUUUGAAACACAUUCACUUUGUCUACCACCCAACAAAAGACACUUGUCCCAACAGCCCGCAUUGUGUGGACACCAAAAUUGAGCAGAUAUUAGCUUCUCAAUACCCGACACGCUAUGCUUCUGACAGCUCCAGGCUGGAAGGAGGGAGGGCCGAGCGGAUCAAUCUGGUCAUUUUGGGGAAAGAUGGACUAGCAAGAGAGAUGGCAAAUGAGAUCAGGGCUAUGUGCAGCAGUGAUGACCGGUACGUUCUGGACGGAAAGAUUUAUGAGCUAGCCCUCCGUCCGAUCGAGGGCAAUGUACGCCUGCCAGUCAAUUCCUUCCACACGCCGACCUUUACACCUCAUGGUUGCUUAUGUUUGUACAACUCAAAGGAGUCCCUCUCCUAUGUCGUUGAGAGUUUGGAGAAGAUCAGGGACUCGACGAUAAGUCGCAGAGAAAGAGAAAACAGUUUGUCACAACUCCCACUGUCUCUACUUCUUGUGACGAAAAGAGGCGUUGGUUCUAUCGGAGAUAUUGGCGUGGAGACGGCACAGACUCUUAUACAGCAAGGGCUGCACGUGGCAGGGAAGCUGCAGUGUUCCUACUUAGACCCUGCCUCUCCUGGUGUAGGUUACGGGCGUAAUGUCAGUGAAAGGCAAGUCAACCAACUGUUGCGAGGUCUGUUAGAAACAAGACGAAGCAUAGGCAGCUGCUCUCCUCCCCUACCACCACCUUCCUCUGCCUUCAGAGAUCCACAGACCCAGGUCAUGCUCGAAACAGACCUAAAGAUCGUCAUGUGCCUCAUGUGUGGAGACACGUAUGAUCUUGACCAACUUCUUGCCCCCUUUCUCCUGCCACAGCAUUGUCGUCCUGUUUCUAGCCUUAACAGUGGUACCUCUGUUUUACUAGAUCUCAAUAUUAGUGGUCAACGACAAACUAUUGAGCUCUCCAUUCUUUCCUUUCAUUCUUCGUUCGCUCUUCGCAAGACAAAACUUGUUCAUGGCUACAUUGCUGUGUACUCAGCACGGCGCAAAGCAUCCAUGGAAACAUUAUGCGCUUUUCUGUGUGAGGUCCAGGACAUCAUACCAGUUCAGUUGAUAGCAGUAGGUGAGAGCCAAAUGGAGCUAUCAGACUCUGAGUCAGCUAGGGAGCAGAUCAGCCAAGGCGAGGAGCUUGCCCAUGAAAUUGAGGCCAGAUUCAACACGGUGAUCUGUGGACACGGUGGGGUGGUAGGUGGGCUUCAUAAGAUAGAUAUGUUCCAAGCUUUUCUCAAGGAAGUUGUGGAGAAGCGCACGAUUGUGGAAGCCACACACAUGUACGAUAACGUGGCUGAGGCAUGUACCAAUGAAAGUACCAGUCCCCGCCACGGCUCUCCAAGUCCGGUUAACAUUCUGAUGGACUCGGAGGAUGACAUCGACCCAUCACCUCCGUACUCUACUCUCAGCUCCCAUCUGGGGAGCUUUAAGAUACCAGACCUGGAAUCAGGUGACACUUUCUCAGUCAUUUCUGAGCUAAGCGCCUUCGAGAGCAAGUUAAACAACAAGGUCCCCCCACAAGUCAAGCCCAAACCAGUCCGUAAGGUCAGUAUUAGCCAUUUCACGGAUCAGCACGUCGGCACCAAUCGUCGUUCUUUACCUCAAGCUGUCACGUGGGCUCCUGGUAGCGAUGGUGGUUAUGACCCUUCAGAUUACGCAGAGCCAAUGGAUGCCGUGAGCAAACCUCGACUUCCCGAAGAAGAGAUGAUUUACUCUGUCCCACACGACAGCACGCAAGGCAAGAUCAUCACCAUCCGGAAUGCCAACAAGGGUCACUCCAACGGGAGUACUGGAGGGAACGGGUCGGACAGUGAGGCUGACAGCAGUUCGCUGGAGCGCAGACGGAAAUUGUCUGCCAUCGGGGUGAAGCCCAAGCUGUACAGAGACAGAUCCAAACGGCUCGGAAAGUUCAGUAAUUUUAGGACGAGCUUCUCGAUAGGCAGCGACGACGAGAUGGGGGGCCCACCCAAAGCCAGUCUUGAUGAUGGGGCUCAAAAGGACAAUUCCAUUGAGGAGAGUGAGGACCCGAAAAGAAGAAACAUCCUGAAGAGCCUGCGCAGAAACACAAAGAAAACCAGAGCCAAACCCAGAUAUUCCAUCUCCAAGCCCAUGGAGAGCAACUACUUCGGAAUGCCCCUGGUCAGCGUGGUGAGUCCCGAAAGGCCGAUCCCAGUCUUCAUUGAGAAAUGCAUCCGCUUCAUUGAAACCACAGGUCUGAGCACCGAGGGCAUCUACAGGGUCAGCGGGAACAAGGCUGAGAUGGAGAGCAUGCAGCGGCAGUUUGAUCAAGAUCACAACCUGGACCUGGUGGAGAAAGACUUCACCAUCAACACCGUGGCUGGAGCCAUGAAGGCCUUCUUCUCCGAGCUGCCGGACCCUCUGGUGCCCUACAGCAUGCAGGGCGAGCUGGUGGAGGCCUUCAAGAUCAACGAUAGGGAGCAGCGCUUCCAGACCAUGAAGGACAUUCUCCGCCAUUUCCCCAAGGAGAAUUAUGAGGUCUUCAAAUAUGUUAUCAGCCACUUGAACAAGGUGAGUCAGAACAACAAGCUGAACCUGAUGACCAGCGAGAACCUGUCCAUCUGCUUCUGGCCCACACUGAUGCGGCCGGACUUCACCACCAUGGACGCCCUGACCGCCACCCGGACCUACCAGACAAUCAUCGAGAGCUUCAUCCACCAGUGCGCCUACUUCUUCUACAACCAGCCGCUGGCCGACGGCCUGCCCGGCUCCCCGACCUCCACCCUCUCCGGGGGAACCUCAGCCUACUCCUGCAUGGCCGGGGGCUACUCCUCCUCGCCCACGCCCUCCCCGACCCCCUACGUGCUGCCCGCCACCCCUCCGGUCAUCCCGCACUACGGCCCUCCCAUCCACCACCACCACCACCACCAUCACCUGCACCACCACCACCAGUCCCCUCCUCACUCCCCACCUCCCACCCCGCAGUCGCCGCUCCCUGCCCUUCUCCCACCCUCCCUGCACCCCCACCUGCCCCCCACGGAACAACACACACUGUGAACCAGGGAUCAAGGGAACCGCAGGCAGGAUGAAUCAUCAGAUUAAAGAGAGAUUUAGGGAUUUAGAGAAAUAGAUUUUGAAGUCCACAAUGAAACUGAAGAAGAUGAAUGAAAAAAGCAGCAGAGGAAGUUGGAGCACUGACAUGCAGUAUGUACAGGGAGAGAGCGACUCAGCUGGGAGACGGAGGCGAGUGUGCCCCCUAGCGGUUGUGUUCAGAAACGCCUCAGUCUCACGUGAUCUGAACGCCGCAGCCUGACGGAGAACCAACGUUGGUCAGCAACAGGAAACAGCGCCUGGUAUCAGGGAAUGAACUGAGGCAGAGGUCACGUGCGAGGAAGUGUUUCGACUCACUGGACAGGAUGUCACAAAUUCUUGUGAGUCACACGGUGGCGGUUUGCCAAGCACAGAGGAGGAACCCAACUCACCCGACCUGAUCUGCUGGGCUGCACAUCUUCUUGUCCUUGUGAACACUUGAAACGACAGGUUUUUUUUUUCCUUCUUCUUUUUAGUCUGCCUCAUCUGACAGAGUGGUGGAGUGUCUGGCCGUCUGUCUGUCUCUGUGGUGGUCUCACCAGCUGCAGUUUUCCUUCUCUGGACCUCGAUUUAAAAGCACUUUCCCCAGCACUUUGAAGGCACAUUUUUUUUUUUUGAAUGAAGCUGCCUCGACGUGACCCCACGCGCCAGCUUCAUUAACGGAUCACACCACUGACAUCUAGUGGGAGAAACCAAUACUGCAGCCGUGUUUUCCACUGCAGAUCGCUUCCCCCCGCUGCUGUUUCAGCACCGAGUGGUGACAUUUAUUAGUCUGAGCUCCCAGCGACUGUGUCUGAAGACUGGAAGUCAGAGUUCCUCAGCGCCGUCCCAUCGUCGCUGCUCCUCGGGUGUCACCUCCAGGGGUGUAAACCACUCACCUGAUGCCCCAGACUGUCGCUCCUGCACCGCCACACCUCCCAUUCCCAGUGGGCCCAGUUGGCUUCGGAAGACUCGGCCCCCCGGAACAGACAGUCCAUUCAUCCGUCUGCAUGACUGGAGAGGAGCAUCGCAAAUUCCUGGGCCCGGCCUGGCGUUGCCGUGGAAACCGGCGAGCCGGUCCUCCAGGAUCGUUUCCCAAACCCACAUCCAAGUGAGCGCUCACACGGGCGUUUGUGCUUGUCUGAGCGUGCACGUGAACUUUGCUGGCCGGGGUCACAUGACGCUGGAUCUCAUGAAGACGAGUCCGUUGACAUGGCUCCUGCAACUCCACGAGACCAACGGAGUGUGUAUGUUUGAGGCUGAGAUGCGAGCGAGCGAGCCGCGCUGGGCAGGCGGCCAGACACCAGCAUGAUCCAAACAAACGUGAAGGAAAGGAAUGUGCUUCUCCUGGCGGUCACUACCCUGCUGUUAGCUCAUCCAGAUCACACACUGAUCCUCAGAGAAAGUGUGAGAAGAGAGACGGAGGGAGGGAGGGAGGGGAGCGGAAGGCAGGGAAGGGGUGAAUGGGAUCAUUAUUUGGGAGAGGAAGGAGUGUUGACCACUGGUACUUGUGUGUGCGCCGUUCCCCAUGUAUAUCAAUGUGUUCAUACUGAAGCGACUGUGAGGCAGCCAAAGACUGGAAAAAGGGUUGAGGCAGAAACGGGAAGUAAAGUGUAGAAGAACAAUUCAAAUGUGACUUCGGUGCAGCCAUCACGCGGCUGUUUUUUUUUUUUUUUUUCAUGGUGGCAGAUGUCUGUUAAUUUAAAACCAGAAACAAGCAAACUAUAUUCAAAUGUAUUGGUAUGUCGCGGGAGGGGGUCCAACACUUUGCCCUUUAGUAAGUGGUGAGAAAAAAAAAGAUUUUUUUUAUGUUUUAUUUUAUUAAUUAAAGUGUCAAAUGUGUUUUUUUUAUUAAGUAUUUUGCGUUGAGACAGCAGCCCGAUGUAAUGCAUGAUUUCUUCCCCACCGAGGAAGAGGGCUCCACCACUCUCACUAUUUAAGAGAUGAUUAAAGAAUAAAAAUAAAUGGCUGGGUGAGGGGGGUGAAGAAAUGAAGUACUGUAAAAAGGAUAAGGUAACAGAAAAAAAAAAAACAAAAAAAACUGCUGAGUAACUUGUCUGGACGGGAAUGGUGUAAACAGCAAGGCCUUAUGUGAUCUGUAUCAUAGUUAAUAAAUGAAAUCUUGUUUAAAAGAUGCUGUUGGUUUGGGUCUGAUUGAACUCCGGAUCCAAGUGUCCAGUCCUAGAGCAGUUCUGGGUACUGACCACAGCCCAAGGUCAAUAUAGUUCAAGAAAAUCAUUUUUGGUUACUGGAAUAAGAAUAAAAAAAUAAUUGCUUUUAUAAAACGAUAACAAACUGCGUUGUCUGUUUACAAAAUGAACUAAAUUGUAGCCACAAUGUCCUUCGUUUUCAUCUGCAUUUCAUAAAGAAGCAUUUUGAGAUGAUUUAAAAUCUAUUUUGGCUGGCUGUCGGUCGAGCAGAAUGACAUCACUUGUGUCGAUGACCUGACAUGACAACGCAGACGAGUGUGAUGGUGGUUGUUGGGCAAAAGCCUCAUGUUUCCAAAGUUGAUGCAUUUGAAAUUGUUUUUUUUUACUGACUAUUUUUCUGACCUAUUUCAAUCUUACUUCUUGUUCCACUACCCCCCCUAUUGAAAGAAAAACAACUAAAACUAAUAAAAACUAAACUGCAACAAAGCAUUUUUCCAAACUGAAACUCGUGAAAACAAGCCAGUCCACUCUAAAAACUCAUUAAAACUCAAUGAAUUUGAAAGACAAAAACUAAAUAACAACGAAAACUAAUGAAAAAUCCCAAACUAUAAUGACCUUGCUGGAGGCUUUUUGAGCUGGAGAUGGAGGAGCUUGAGCGACCGACAUGGUCCUGGACUCGUUUUUUAUUAGGUCUUGCAACAGGUCUGGCAUCUGGAGAUUGCUGCCCCCUUCAGGUGACAUCAGAUGGAGC